AUGGUUCCCCGGCCGCCUGGGUUGGGCUUGAUUGAGCUACCAGAGCGGCGGCCGCGCGGCCUCCAUGACUCUACCCGGCGCUGCUAUCAAGCAAGAUCCAGAGCUCAAGGCAUACCCUGUGGAAUCUACAACCGAGGGGCGGGUAGAAGAGAACCGUCAAGCAAAAAGGAAGGUACAACACCCACUGCCGGGAGCCAGGAGGGACAAAACCCCCAAGUCCCGGUGCCUGAAACCUCCUUCCCGGGAUUGGGCCGUUGUGUUGCAGACAUUCUUAGUUGUCUCCAGCCAGCACCGAAACAUAUACUACGGCUUUUCUUGCAGUCUUCGAAUCCCCGUUCGACUGAUCAUCGUCUGAAGUGCAAUUGUCCUCCCGGUGGCUAG